CAAUACUACCCGUGAAUAUGUAUCGUCACAGGAGCACGCAAUCGCGCCAUGAUAGACGGUCAACACCGCCUGUAUAUAAGAUCUUCCACCAUCGCUCUUGGUUAGCAAGGUCGAGUACUCUCGCGAUUUAUAACUCAUACCGGUGACUUAUCAAGACUAGGUCACUUUCUACACUCUUUGAUACAUUUCCAAGGUCAAGAUGGGGAACACGUACCAUCAUCACAGCGAAGAAAAGAAGCCUUUGAAGUGGUUCGCUUCGCCUUUAGUCGAAGAUCAUAUCAAAGACCACGGCGACACGGAACACCAAACCCCAGCCAUCACUCGAGAGAAUACGCAAUCGGUCCUCGGUAGCGAGUUUCAAGAUCAUAAUGCCGAAGCUGGUCUUCAGCUCGAGGUCGAGGUGUGUACGCAGGAACUGCGUGACAUGCCGUCUUUCCAGCGCCAUGCUGAAGCCACGACCCAAGAGCUCUUCUUUGAUCUCUUCUUCGUCGCGAACUUGACCACUUUCACUUCCUUGAAGGAGAUCAACGAUAGCGCCUCGCUGCGCGCCUACAUCGGAUUCUUCGCCUUGCUCUGGCUCACCUGGUACUCGAACUCGCUCUAUGACGUUCGUUUCACUGCCGAUUGUAUCUUCGAGCGAGUCGCCAAGGCCCUCCAUUUUGGUGUGAUGGUCGGUUUCGCUGUCGUCGGUCCUGCUUGGGAACCCGGCAAGCCCACAAGCUCACUUCAGAAAUAUCAAGUUCUCUCGUUCAUCCUCAUGGUCUCUCGCCUGGUGCUUGCCGCCCAGUAUAGCGUCACUUUGUACUUCGUGCGCAAACACAGAAGGACUAUUAUACCGCUGUCCCUCGUCAUCGUCUCGACGCUCAUCGCGGCGCUGAUGUACGGAAGCAUCACUGCUGCUCUACCCAAGGAGACGUGCAACCUGGAGUUAGGAGUCUGCAAGCAAUUCACGACUAAGGUACACUAUGCAUGGUAUAUUAUCAGCGCCGCUGAAAUCAUCAUCACUGUUGCUAUCUCGUGCUACUGGCGCGUCAUCUCGUUCAAGGGCACCCAUAUUGUGCAGCGCAUGUCGCUGCUCACCUUGAUCAUCUUGGGCGAAGGCAUCAUUGUUGUCUGCAAGGCAAUAUCGAAGAUCGUCAAGAAUGGAUCUCAGUUCGAUACUCAGCUGACUGGCCAGAUCGUCUCUUCGGUGUUGAUAAUCUAUCUACUCUACAUGCUAUACUUUGAUCGCAUGCACGAAGAUCACUUCGGUACGAUCAAGCAGCAAGUCUGGGCUUCACUCCACUUCUUUCUUCACAUCAUGCUCGUCCUCGUCUUACAGGGCGUCUCUUACCUCAUCAUGUGGGUAGUUGCCUUGAUUCGGAUGGACCGCGUCGACGAGAAGUUCCGCGAGGUUGAAGGGCUCAGCUUGACCGGUGCUUAUGCUAAUGGCACCCUUUUCGCCAAUGCCCUCCGUCGCAAGAUCGACGUUUAUCUGUGGAACACGAUUCCCAAGGGCGUCGACGCAAGUAAAGCGCUGGAAACCUGGAACAGCACUCUUAUCAUCCUUGCGCAGAGCUUCGAUAAUCAUCAGAAGGACGAUCAGAACCUGACGGCUGUGGACAUGAUCACCAAAAGCUUGAACACCGCAGAGAGCAUGGCCAUCCAGACUUUAUUCGACAGCUUGUCCAUAUCCGUACCAAAGACCGCACCGAAGACGGUAGAAGAGCCCCAGAGAAAGUUUUUCGACAAGGUCGCUCUCCUUCAGAAGUACGAAACGCGCUUCGAACUUGUUUUCGACUACGUUUUCCUAUCAGCCGGUCUCGCCCUUACGUUCAUGGCCAUCAUUGCCUUUGUCUCACUGACACCCGCGAAACGCCACCUACGUCAAUACAUGCGCCUUCUCACCAUCGUUAUCAUCGGCUUUGCUGUCUGUUUGAUAUGCCUCAUUAAUACGAGUAAACCGAGUCAGAAGCAUUACAUGGAGAGCAACUGGAUGUUGCCAACCAUCUGUCUACUGUUUUUCGUAUGCGUCCUGGUGAGCCACUUGAGGCCUCCAGCUCGGUGGAGGGGAGUUGGAGGACAUCACAAGUGGCAUGGAGCUUAGUGGCGCUCUCUGGAAUCCUGAAGAUACCAAUAUAUCCUCGAGGAUAGAGUGGAGGGAGAUGACAUAUCGACGGAGCUGGGGGAAAUGGGUUUGCACGUUGCUUGGGCCUGCACAAA